CAAGACAGCAAGACUACUCUGUAUUAUUUAUCAAUCAGUCGCAGUUCGCGGUAGGUAAACGGUGUCGAAACUUCUCCGCUCAUCUUUCCAUAAUCCGUUGGUGCUGUGUGCUUCGCGGAUUCAGUACAAAAGUGAAAAGAACGGAAACCUUAUUGGCUGCCUGUGAUCUCUAUCUACUGUGAAUUAUUCUUGGUGAAAUCAUCCGACUGGAAACUCGUUUCCUCUUCAUUAUUAUUGGUGGCUAAAGUUUGGAAUAAGUGAGAACACAAAGCUAGAAAACAAGAUGAAGGCGUUGCAAACCUGUGUGCUCCUGCUAGUGGCCGGAUUGGUGAUAUGCAGUGCUCAAAAUGAUCCAGAUACUCCUGCCCCUAUCCCAGACAGCACAACGACAACGAGCGAACCUCCUGCAACAACAACAACAACAACAACGACGACUGCUAGCCCAUCGACAUCUACAAGUACAACAGAGCCACCACCAACUACUACAACACUCGCACCGACAACUACUGCUGCGCCUACAACAACUAGCACUACUGAGCCUCCGAAGCCAACGCCGGUGCCAGAGCCCGAAGUAGGCAGCUGGACCUACACCAAUGCUACCACCAAUCAGACCUGCGUGCUGACCCAGAUGGCCCUGCAGUUGAACGUCACCUAUCAGGAUGCCGCUGAUAAGCCAGCUCAUGCCCUGUACGACGUCCCGAAGAACGCUCAAGUCGUCAACGGUUCCUGCGGCAGCGAAUCCCAGUUCAUCGUGCUCCGGUGGGGCCCUGAAUCGACCGUGCCAAGCCUCCUUCAGGUCAGCUUCAUGCUAAACACCACCGAGCACGAGUUUUCCCUGGCCGGACUGGACUUCACCCUGGUGGUCUACGGCGAACAGUUCCCCAAUGCUAAGGACAACCAAACCAUCCGGCUAGUCAAUGCUCAGACCUUGUUCAAGACCCCGACGGACAUGUCCUACCACUGCAACCGUCCCCAGCAGCUGAACCUGACCUCGGUUGAUCCUACCGGAUACAACUCGACCGUCACCGUAUCCAAGCUGCAGUUCGAGGCGUUCCACAACAAACACAACGCCAAGUUCUCGAUUGCCAAGGACUGCGAUGCCAUCGAUACACCCGACAUCGUCCCGAUUGCCGUCGGUUGUGCCCUGAUCCUGCUGAUUGUGAUCGUCCUGAUCGCCUAUCUGGCCGGACGCCGCAGCACCCGGUCCCGAGGAUACCUGAGCAUGUAAAGUGUGAACGUAAGUACAUCUACCUUCCACGAAUGCUCUUCUGAUCUGAAACAUCCGAAAUCUACUGCAACAGCUCGCCGCGAACGAUGCCAUCUAUUAAGAAAACAUAAGCUGAAUAUUAGUUAAAAAAAACCACAAUUUUGCGGUCUGAUCCAAAAACCAAGCGGGGAGCAUUCAGAACUGAUAAAAAACGGUGCGAUUGGAGAUUUCGUAGCAGUACCACAAAUACUGUUCAACAUAACUGUUGUUGGUGAUACAUUUUUUCGUCUCGUGUUUCGUUCUUUAUCCAGCUCACACAAAGAAAAUCCAUGCAAAAAAGGAAAGAAAAACAUCCAAAACUAUCUUUAACAUUCUCCAAACUAAAUGGAUAACUCUAGAUCGCAAGGAAAAGUGAAUUCUUAGCAUUGCAGUUACGUUUCUCACCGUGAUCUACAGAAACCAAAAUCCGGCAAUCUAAGAUUAACCGAACAAACAAAUAAAAAUGUGUAGAUCAAAUUAAAACAUUUAAAAACGAUCCCGAAGGGUCGACGGUUUUGUAUAAGGAACAGAGAACAACAAUUUGAAAGACAGAAUAAGAAAGAGAAAACUUGUUUAUAAUAUACCUUUCUGUAGUUGGUUAGAGUAAUUUUUAUGAAUCAAUAAAUAAAAAGUUGAUCGGUGAAAAAC